GCACCCGAAUAUCUCCCCCAAUGUUCUCUCUCCCACAGAUCCCCUCUUCUCGCUAGGGUUAGGUCUCCCCCGGCGCGGCGCAAUCCGCAAAUCUCGACGACGGCGCCGAGCAGCGAGCGAAUCCACUCGAUCUAGUCCCGCGCCGACGAGCCCAUGGCGACGGCGGUGCUCAGAUCCCACGACGCGCUCGCCAACCGGAUGCAUCUCGACGCCUUCGCCGCGUCCCCCCAGGCCGCCAAGCAGCGCCGCCGGCGCCACCCCAAGCCGGCCUCGCCGCCUCCCAAGGUGGUCGCGGUGGUUCCUAGCUCUUCGCCGCCAAAGCCGGCUCUUUUGGCGUCGCCGGCGACGAAGCAGGCCCCCGCGGCCGGCCGUCGGUCCCCGCCGGCGAAGCCUGCCCGCAAGCAGCCUUCCCCGACCAAGGAGAAGCCCCGGCAGCAGCCGAUCGUGAUGGAGGCCGUCCGGAUCCUCAAGCGCGGCGAGGAGCCCCCGGCUCCCUCCCCCGCCCCUGCGCCUGUCCAGGCACGGGCGCAAGCCCCGCCGGCCGACAGGCGGGUGCGGUCUCCCUCCCCUGCCUCACCGCCCGUCGUCAAGGCCCGGCCCCAAGCCCCGCCUGCGGACAGGCGCGUGCGGUCUCCUCCCCCAGCCACAGCACCCAUCCCGGCCCGGGCGCAAGCCCCGCCGGCCGACAAGAGGGUGCUCCGGACCACCAGCCGGAUCGGCCCGCAGCAACCCGCCGUCGUGCCAACCAAGAAGAUGGUGCCGCUCGCCGUCGCAGCCAGCUACGCCGGCCCGGCGUUCUCGGCCGCGGCCCCGGAGCCGAGCUCUCUCCCCCUCCCUGGGUUCUUCUUCCGCCGCGCCGAGGAAGAGGCCACCCGCGGCCUCCGCUGCCUGCUCCGCAUCGGCGAGCUCUCAUGAUGACGGCUCCCCCUCCAGCAGCGUCGUGUGCGCCCCCUCCGCGGCCGCGCCGUUCUGCUCUGCUCCCUCCUCCCCCUCGUCUCGCCUCAUCUCGUCGGAAGCAACAACAAGAAGAGGUGGUGGUGGUAAUAACUCUCCCUGACUGAAGGACGGAAGGAUUUUAUCUGUGGAUGGUUGGUGUGCGGAUGGAUCCGGCGGCGAGCUUGCCGGAUCAGAUCCCGGCUCCGUUCCGAUCGAACCCUUCCGGUAUUUUUUCAGAGGAAGGGUCGUCGAGGGAGCGGAGGUCCGGCGGUAGGGUUUGGUGGUGGUUGCUUUAGGUUCGCGCGUUGCUGCUGCUGCACAGCUGUUUGGUUCGCCUUGAUGUUGUUAGGUAGGUUGUUAAUUGUCGGUCAGUCAGAACGAUUAAGGGUUGGUUCUUGGUUUAGGUGACGAUGAUCUGGUAGCUAGGGAGUGGGUCUCAGGUUUGGUUACAGUGAUGAUAAUAAUUGAAGUUUAUGUGUGCGUGUGUGCGGGUCGAAGAUUAAGGGUAAGGUAUGAGUUAUUAUGAGUGCAAAGUUAUAUAUGCUGAGAGAUGAGUAUGGUAGUUGCAUCAGCUGAGCUAUGUGUAGUUGGUGUAGCGACUGAGAAGUGUGUCUAGUUGCAUCCGCUAGGCUAUGUGUAGUUGGUUUAGCAACUGAGUUAAUGUUAGUUCCAAGAGUUGUUCAUGGUCCUUUGUAAGAUAUCCAAAAGUCUGUGUCUGUAUUGGUCGAUCAUAGUGUUAUAAUUCGUGAAAUAAAAUAUAUCAGUGGUAGAUUAUAUGA